AUGAGCUCCAUGAGCUUGCGGAGCCUAGCUCCCGCUUCCAAGAUUUCCCGUGCUUUGAGGGAUCAGAGACGUCUGUUCUCCUCUUCGCGGCCCGCUGCCCGGAUCUUCGCCAACAACCCUUUGCGCGCCAAGGAGAACACUGGCUAUAUCUCCGAGAAAUACCCCGUCAUUGACCACGAGUAUGAUGCCGUCGUCGUCGGGGCUGGUGGUGCCGGUCUGCGUGCCGCUUUCGGUUUGGCCGAGGCUGGCUUCAACACUGCCUGUGUCUCCAAGCUUUUCCCCACGAGAAGUCACACUGUUGCCGCUCAGGGUGGUAUCAACGCUGCUCUUGGAAACAUGCACAAGGAUGACUGGAGAUGGCACAUGUACGACACCGUGAAGGGUUCCGACUGGCUGGGUGACCAGGAUGCCAUCCACUACAUGACCCGUGAAGCCCCCGCUAGUGUUCGUGAGCUCGAAGGCUACGGAUGCCCCUUCUCCCGUACCGAGGACGGUCUUAUCUACCAGCGUGCGUUCGGUGGUCAAUCCCGGGAAUUCGGAAAGGGUGGCCAGGCCUAUCGUUGCUGCGCCGUCGCUGAUCGUACCGGUCACGCCCUUCUUCACACCCUCUACGGACAGUCUCUGAGCCACAACACCAACUACUUCAUCGAGUACUUCGCCCUGGACCUGCUGAUGGAGGACGGCGAGUGCCGCGGUAUCAUUGCUUACAACCAGGAGGACGGUACCCUGCACCGUUUCAAGGCCCACCACACCGUCCUGGCCACCGGUGGUUACGGACGUGCCUACUUCUCUUGCACUUCGGCCCACACCUGUACCGGUGACGGUAUGGCCAUGGUCGCCCGUGCCGGUCUUCCCAACCAGGAUCUCGAGUUCGUUCAGUUCCACCCCACUGGUAUCUACGGUGCCGGUUGUCUGAUCACCGAGGGUGCCCGUGGUGAGGGUGGUUACCUGCUCAACUCCGAGGGUGAGCGUUUCAUGGAGCGUUACGCGCCCACCGCCAAGGAUCUGGCUUCCCGUGACGUCGUCUCCCGAUCCAUGACCCUGGAAAUCCGUGAGGGCCGUGGUGUUGGCCCCGAGAAGGACCACAUCUACCUGCAGCUGAGCCACUUGCCCCCUGAGCUUCUGCACGAGCGUCUGCCCGGUAUCUCCGAGACCGCCUCCAUUUUCUCCGGUGUCGACGUUACCAAGCAGCCCAUCCCCGUCCUGCCCACCGUUCACUACAACAUGGGUGGUAUCCCCACCAAGUUCACCGGUGAGGUCUUGACCGUUGAUGAGCAGGGCAAGGACAAGGUGGUCCCCGGUCUGUAUGCCUGCGGUGAGGCCGCCUGUGUCUCCGUCCACGGCGCCAACCGUCUGGGUGCCAACUCCCUACUGGAUCUGGUCGUCUUCGGUCGUGCCGUUUCCCACCGUGUCCGCGACAUCGCCACCCCUGGUGCUCCUCACCGCGAGCUGAGCUCCGACGCCGGUGCCCAGUCGAUCAAGGACCUCGACUUUGUCCGUAACGCCGACGGUCCCAAGUCGACCUUCGACAUCCGUAACGCCAUGCAGAAGGCCAUGCAGACGGACGUCAGUGUCUUCCGUACCCAGGAGAGUUUGGAUGAGGGUGUUCAGAAGGUCACCGAGAUCGACACCUGGUUCGACCAGGUCGGCACCAAGGACCGCAGCAUGAUCUGGAACUCCGACCUCGUCGAGACCCUUGAGCUCAAGAACUUGUUGACCUGCGCUACCCAAACCGCUGUCGCCGCCGCCAACCGUAAGGAGUCUCGUGGUGCCCACGCCCGCGAGGACUUCCCCGACCGUGAUGACGAGAACUGGAUGAAGCACACCCUUACGUGGCAGAAGAAGCCCCACGGCAAGAUCGACCUGGACUACCGCGCCGUCGAGGCCAACACCCUCGACGAGAACGAGUGCAAGCCCGUGCCCCCCUUCAAGCGUGUCUACUAA